GAGAGCGCCGAGCAGACGGCUGGUAACCAGGUCAGAGAUUACCAGAAGUUGCUUGUGAACUUGGAAUGUAAAGUCGGCAAUAGAAAGUCGUGCUAAAGUUGGUCCUGCUACAUGCAGCCCGCGUUGAAGGGCUGGCACUGUGUAACUAUGGCAAUUAGCAAGCAGCCCCAGCGCCCUCCCCUCCCCUCCUCCUAAAUGACUGUCCCACUAAGGACCAAGUGCAGAAACCCAUAGCCUGACCCAGAGCUGUCGCAUCACUGGCUUUUUGCCGGGGUUUAAGGUGAUUCUGAUGUCAUUUUCUGAUUGACUUUAAAAGCAGCGCCAUGGGUUCGGGAGCGGAAGAACGAUCGGGGUUGACCAGGAGAAGGUCCGAGCUCUACACACCCAGCUCCAGCCCUUGGUCUAGACAUGGGCGCCUGGUUUACCCACCUGAUACUGCAGCUCGCCGCAAUCCUCGGGUUUUCACUGGUCACGCCAACUCCUCUGGUCAGGACGGACCCAGGGGCGCAACUGGAGCGGGACUGGGGUCAGCAGGUCCGAUUCAAGCAUCUGUACAUGGAAGGCAAUAGCAGGCACUUACAGAUCAACCCUGACGGGCACAUCGACAGCUCGCACACCCAGAACUUUUACACUCUACUGGAGAUCAAAGCAGUGGAGCGGGGCCAGGUGGUGAUCCGAGGCGUGAAUACGGACCAGUACUUGUGCAUGGACACCGAGGGAAGCAUCUUCGGAUCGACAACCUACCGUGAAGAUGAUUGUAACUUCAACGAGGAGCAGUUGGAAACAUUUUACAACGUGUACCACUCGCCCAGGCAUAAGAAGGUGCUAAGUCUAAGCCUGGAGAAGCGCCCAUACGUCCCCAACAGAGAACUUCCUCCCCUUUCCAUGUUUUUGCCGAGAGAAAACGAGUUGCCGACGGCAACGUACAGCAGGCGGAGCUCGGAGAGAGAGACGAACGACACCGACCCCUUUGGCAUGAGGUCCGGGCAGCAGGCGAGCCCGAAGUUGUCCAGAAGUAGCAGGGGCUAACGGGAUAGUCCGGUCGCGUUGAGAGACCCAUCCCGUGGUGACAUUGACUCAAAGCACUGUUUCUUGUGUUCCGUUCUAUUUAUUUAUUGCUGUGCAAGGCGCACAGUUCAUGGAUUGGAAAGUAAGAGUAGGUAAAUGAAGAGUUGGUGGCAAGGUUAGGGCAGAAGAUGACAAAGCCAUGACAGUGGAUGGAAGCCAUUCCUAGUUAAUCCCUCCACAGGACCACAGACCACAUCGGAAUAUUCACUUUUAUAUUACUGGUUCCAAGAUUCUCACUUCCACUACUCUCCUUGGAAUUCUAUUGAUUAUAUUGUUCGAAUAUUCUAUGGAGAAAUUAAAAAAACACCCUUUGCCAUUUUAGACCAAAUCCAUCCACCUGCUCAAACUGUUUAAAGUAUUACUCAACCUUUCCAUACUUGAUUUACUUACCUCUGUGUAAGGCCAUCUUUCAGAUAUUUCCUUUCCGUGUUUCUGGAGUCUUUAUUCCCUUCUCUGCCCUCACACCCUCUCACGGCACUGCCUCGGGAUUUGGGGAUCAUCCUUAUCCCAGUAACUAGAAAUGAUCAAGUUACACCAACCAAAGCAACCUGUUGAUUAACCAGGACUUUCUCUGGAAUAUUCUUUAUGAACGAGGUGGAAUAUUCAAUGUCUAGCCUUUAAUGUCUUUAAUAAGACAUUGAGAUAUUUUGGGGCUUGAUUCAUGUUGACUUUAAAACCAUUUGUAGAAUUUAUGUAUCACCUAUUUGUCUUUUCGUCCAUGCAUUAGUUUACUCUGGCCUGUAUUGAAUUCCGUGCCUCCAGUAGCACACUGCCUCAAAUUCCUUCCAAUAACAUUACAAUCUCUUGAUAGCUUUGGAAAAUGUGUCCACUGUGCCUUAAGUUACUGGCGGCAGCUUGUUGAUGUCAAUCCGCAAUGGUCUUGGUCUCAACAAUGAGACCUCGCCACCUCACAGUCCUACUCCAUCACCCACAUAACCUCCCCAACCAGCAUUGGCUGCAUUUUACUCUUCAACAUAUUUAUUUUCCAUUCCUGCAAUUUACCUUAAAUAUUUGAUUUCAUUGUGUUUUUUGUGUGUGUAACUGUGUCAAAUGUCUAUUUGCAAUCCAGUAUACUGUACUUAAGGCCAACCCAGGACCACUUGGAGUCCUGGUUCUCAAAGGAGGCAGAUCCAGCUGAUUGACUCCCUUCAAAAAUCAAAUGAGUUUAUUGGCCUUCUUACCUUCUUACCAAAUUUCACAGGUUGAGAUGAGAAGGACAAUGUACCUGUACAUGCCUUUCAUUUCACAUAGGCAAAAGACUUGAAUCACUCCCUCUGCAAAUAAAGUAGGUGAAUCUCGUGGGUGAAAUUAUACUGCCUACUCUGAAUUAUCUAUUUAUUUAAAUUAUUGCUGUCAAUAUUUAUAUUUAUAUGCAUAUACAACUACUUUUUAUUAAAAAAAACGUUUUUAUUUAAGUGAUGAUUUGUAUGAUGUUGAUAAUAAAGCAAUAAUGGACCAUACGUUAAUUGUUCCCCUUUGAAGUUUUGCAUUUGUUUGAAUAAUCAAUGGUGACUACUAUACGGUCAAAUAAUAGUGGUCAGUUUGUCAGCGACUAUUUUAUGCAGUACUUUGAAUAAACAACAAUUAAGCAUUUCCUUCAAACGCUCUUUUAUUUUUGGUAGUAACAUCCUUGGGGCAUAAUGUCUAAAGCACUCACACAAUAGAAUAUCAGUACGCAAUGGAGCAUUUACACCACAACUUUUAUUUAUGAAGAGAGGAC